UGUAGAAGAUAUGUGCACGUAUAUCGUUGUACGGAAUACGGAGGGGGAGCAGAGCAAGUAUAAGGGAUACUAUGUAAAUGCAGCCUCCGCUGACGUCUGCAAGGAUUGGUGUGACACAACACCGGGUACUGAUGGCAAACCCUGUGCAGAAGUUGAUUGGAAAAGCGGUGUUUGUUUCAUGUACACCGAAACAACAUCUCUUUAUAAGAAUAGUCCGUCGAACCACUACAUAAGACAAUGCACGCCAGGACCUAUGAAUGCAAUAAUUGGAGCCAAGUUCAACGAAACCUCAGGACGUGCAUAUUGGUUUGAUUCUGAUUCCCCGUUCGAGUACAACAAUUUAGUCAGUGAUCAUACAGCAGGAGGCAACAACCUGUGUGUCGCUUUUACAAGCAAGACGCGUUUCAGAUGGGAAUACAUUCCAUGUUCCGGAUUUAAGGGCAUGUUUGGCUGCGAAAUUCCUUUCUAAAGUCACUACAGUACAUUGCUGUCUGCUUUUGUCUAGCUGCUAAACGUUCGCAAAUAAAAUGCCUUUCAGGGGUUGGGUGUGGGUUUUUUGUGGUUUUGUGUUGUUUGUUUUUGCUUUUUGUGAGGUUUUUGUGGGUUUUUGAGUGGGUUUUUGUUCUUGUGUUGUUUUUGUCGGGGUGGAAUUGUGUUGUUUGUGUUUUGAUUUGUUUGGUUUUUGAGGUGUGGGUUUUUUUGUAUUUUAUUUAUUUAUUAAAAUAGGUUUUCUUUCUCGUCUAGUUGCUAAACUUUCGCAAUUACAAGUUCUUCUAUGUCUUCAUAAAUGUCUUAAAUCGACAGUUUUAUUGAUUCUGUCUUUGUAAUUUCAGCACGACAUGCUAACAAAAUAAAAUUCGUCCAGCCAUC